AUGGUGUCCCAGCUGAGCGCCCUGCAACGGGAGCUGCUGGGAGCCCUGCUCAGCUCCGGAGCCACCAAGGAGGGCUUGAUCCGCGCCCUGGAGGACAUGGUCCCGGCCGCCGGCUUCGGCGUCAAGCUGGAGAGCCUGCCGCUGUCCCCCGGGGGGCCGCCCGACGGCAAGGCCACCUUUGCGCCGCUGGCCAACGGGCACGGCAAGGGCAAACUGUCCGGCGAUGAGGGCUCGGAGGACGGCGACGACUUCGACACGCCGCAGAUCCUGCGGGAGCUGCAGGCGCUCAACACGGAGGAGGCCGUGGAGCAGCGGGCAGAGGUGGACAGGAUGAUCAGUGAGGACCCAUGGCGGGCGGCGAAGAUGAUCAAGGGGUACAUGCAGCAGCACAACAUCCCGCAGCGGGAGGUGGUGGAUGUCACCGGCCUCAACCAGUCCCACCUCUCCCAGCACCUCAACAAGGGCACCCCCAUGAAGACGCAGAAGAGAGCCGCUCUCUACACGUGGUACGUCCGCAAGCAGCGGGAGAUCCUCCGGCAGUUCAACCAGGCAGUCCAGGGUUGUGGAAAUAGGACAGACAAAAGCAGUCAGGAUCAGCUGCUGUUUCUCUUUCCAGAGUUCAAUCAGCAGAACCAGGGGGCUGCCCAGCUCGACGACGCCUGCUCCGAAACCCCCAGCAAGAAGAUGCGCCGCAACCGGUUCAAGUGGGGGCCGGCCUCCCAGCAAAUCUUGUACCAAGCCUAUGACCGGCAAAAGAACCCCAGCAAGGAGGAGCGCGAGGCACUGGUGGAGGAGUGCAACAGGGCUGAGUGUCUGCAGCGAGGGGUGUCCCCCUCCAAGGCACACGGGCUCGGCUCCAACCUGGUGACAGAGGUGCGGGUCUACAACUGGUUUGCCAACCGGCGGAAGGAGGAGGCUUUCCGACAGAAGCUGGCCAUGGAUGCCUACAGCUCGGGCCAGCCCCCCCCGCACAGCAUGAACCUGCUGCUGUCCCACGGCUCCCCGCACCACAACCAGCCCAGCGCCUCACCGCCCACCAAAAUGACAGGGGUCCGGUACAGCCAGGCGGCGAGCGGCGAGGCAGCAUCCUCCGGUGCCAUCGGCCACCACGGCAGCGGUGCCAUGGUCCCCACGAGCCAGGCUGUGCUGCAGCAGGUCUCCCCAGCCGGCCUGGACCCGGGCCACGGUUUGCUCUCUCCCGAUGGUAAAAUGAUCUCAGUUUCGGGGGGCGGGCUGCCCCCGGUGAGCACCCUGACCAACAUCCACAGCUUGUCGCACCACAACCCGCAGCAGUCCCAGAACCUCAUCAUGGCACCGCUCUCAGGAGUCAUGGCCAUCGCACAGAGUCUCAACACCUCGCAGGCGCAGAGUGUUCCCGUCAUCAACAGUGUCGCCGGCAGCUUGGCAGCUCUGCAGCCCGUCCAGUUCUCCCAGCAGCUCCACAGCCCACACCAGCAGCCGCUCAUGCAGCAGUCACCCAGCCACAUGUCCCAGCAGCCCUUCAUGGCCACCGUGACCCAGCUGCAGAACUCGCACAUGUAUACACACAAACAGGAGCCUCCCCAGUAUUCCCACACUUCCCGCUUCCCCUCAGCAAUGGUGGUGACGGAUACCAGCAGCAUCAGCACACUCACCAAUAUGUCUUCCAGUAAGCAGUGUCCCCUGCAAGCCUGGUGAUGCUCCACACCUCACUGCUUCCGCACAUAGCAACGGGAUCUUCCUUUCCACAACAUCCCGGAGGUGACCCCUGUGCCGAGC